GUAGACAGCAUGGCCGCCCUCCUCCAUGUCCCUAAUUCUGUCCUUUAGCGUAGCUUCAGUUAUGGUGGCAAGUGGCGUGUGCUGGAAGUCUGCAAGUGGCAUUUGGGGUUUGAGCCCCUUCAGAAGGGAUCGGAGAGGCUUGAGGGUGCCCGCACCCCCUCCUUCCUGCGGAGUGCAGGGCCAAGCCCGGCUGGCAGGCUCAGCCAGCAGGUAUCAUGAGACUUCCUCCUUGAAGCCUCCUUCAUUUCCCCCUUCACUCAGUCGUGGGCUCCCGUCCUCCUCAUGAACUUGUAGAAAACUUUGUUACUUUGACAAAUGGGCCCCUCCCCCUGUCUCUGGGCGUUAGCACCGUGAGGGCAUGAAGGUGACCUGUGUCCCCCUCAGUGGGCCUGGGCCAGCCGAGCAGUUGGCGCGCAGUCAGCACGGGACGGCCUGUUCUCCUGACCAGCUCCUGAAAGCAAGGAGGAGAUGGCCACCAAGGAGAAGCUGCAGUGUCUGAAAGACUUUCACAAGGACAUCCUGAAGCCAUCCCCAGGGAAGAGCCCUGGCACACGGCCCGAGGACGAGGCUGAGGGGAAGCCCCCACAGAGGGAGAAGUGGUCCAGCAAGAUCGACUUCUUGCUGUCUGUGGCUGGCGGCUUCGUGGGCUUGGGCAACGUCUGGCGUUUCCCAUACCUCUGCUACAAGAACGGUGGAGGUGCAUUCCUCAUACCAUAUUUUAUUUUCCUGUUUGGGGGCGGCCUGCCUGUGUUUUUCCUGGAGGUAAUCAUAGGCCAGUACACCUCUGAAGGGGGCAUCACCUGCUGGGAAAAGAUCUGCCCCUUGUUCUCUGGCAUCGGCUAUGCCUCCAUUGUGAUCGUGUCCCUCCUGAAUGUGUACUACAUCAUCAUCCUGGCCUGGGCCACGUACUACCUGUUCCAGUCCUUCCAGUCGGAGCUGCCCUGGGCGCACUGCAACCACACCUGGAACACGCCCCACUGCAUGGAGGACACUUUGCGCAAGAACAAGACCCUGUGGAGCACUCUCAACACCAGCAACUUCACCUCCCCUGUCACUGAGUUCUGGGAGCGCAACGUGCUGAGCUUGUCUUCUGGGAUCAACAGCCCCGGCUCCCUGAAGUGGGACCUCGCUCUCUGCCUCCUUUUCGUCUGGUUGGUCUGUUUCUUCUGCAUCUGGAAGGGCGUCAAGUCCACGGGGAAAGUUGUCUACUUCACGGCCACUUUCCCGUUCGCCAUGCUCCUGGUGCUGCUGGUUCGGGGACUGACGCUUCCUGGUGCGGGCGCAGGCAUCAAAUUCUAUCUGUACCCUGACAUCAGUCGCCUUGAGGACCCACAGGUAUGGAUCGAUGCUGGGACCCAGAUAUUCUUCUCCUAUGCCAUCUGCCUGGGGGCCAUGACCUCACUGGGGAGCUACAACAAGUACAAGUACAACUCGUACAGGGACUGUAUGCUGCUGGGAUGCCUGAACAGUGGUACCAGUUUUGUGUCUGGCUUCGCAAUUUUUUCCAUCCUGGGCUUCAUGGCACAAGAGCAAGGGGUGGACAUUGCUGAUGUGGCUGAGUCAGGGCCCGGCCUGGCCUUCAUUGCCUACCCCAAAGCUGUGAUGAUGAUGCCGCUGCCCACAUUUUGGUCCAUUCUGUUUUUUAUUAUGCUUCUCUUGCUUGGACUGGAUAGCCAGUUUGUUGAAGUCGAAGGACAGAUCACGUCCUUGGUUGACCUCUACCCGUCCUUCCUAAGGAAGGGUUUCCGUCGGGAAAUCUUCAUCGCCCUGAUAUGUAGCAUUAGCUACCUGCUGGGGCUGACGAUGGUGACGGAGGGUGGCAUGUAUGUGUUUCAACUCUUUGACUACUAUGCAGCUAGCGGUGUAUGCCUUUUGUGGGUUGCAUUCUUUGAAUGUUUUGUUGUUGCCUGGAUAUAUGGCAGUGAUAACUUGUAUGAUGGUAUUGAGGACAUGAUCGGCUAUCGGCCCGGGCCGUGGAUGAAGUACAGCUGGGCCGUGGUCACUCCGGUUCUCUGUGUUGGAUGUUUCAUCUUUUCUCUCGUCAAGUAUGUGCCCCUGACCUACAACAAAGUGUAUGUGUACCCGACCUGGGCCAUCGGGCUGGGCUGGAGCCUGGCUCUGUCCUCCAUGGUGUGCGUCCCCUUGGUUGUGGUCAUCCGCCUCUGCCAGACAGAAGGGCCGUUCCUCGUGAGACUCAAGUACCUGCUGACGCCGCGGGAACCCAAUCACUGGGCCGUGGAGCGAGAGGGGGCCACGCCCUUCAGCUCCCGCUCUACCAUGAACGGAGCUCUCAUGAAGCCGACGCACAUUGUGGUGGAGACCAUGAUGUGAGCGCCCUCGGGGCGGCGGGCCGCUUUCCUGCUGUUUACUAACAUUAGAUUCUCAUAGGACCAGGUUUACAGAGCUUUAUAUUUGCACUAGGAUUUUUUUUAAUGUCACAGAAAAUAUUACUGUGUGUGUGUGCACACGCGUGUGUGGUGUCGUGUGUAUGUGUAUUUUGUUUUGAUUUGGGGCUAUUUUGUACAAAAAAAAAAGCCCCAUGGGCAGAGGUCCGGGGCAAGGCAGAGCUUUCAUACUGAAUUAGAUGUAUUUUAUGGGAACUGGUAAAUUUUUCUUUGUAUUUUUUUUUACAUAUAUAUAUACACUUAGAGAUUGUCAUAUACUUUUACCACUUGAAUCGAUCUUCUUGCCAGCAAUAGAUCUCAUUUUCAAAAGCAAUUCUUCGGUGCUCAUGCGGCUGGCAGAAAGUUCUGCCCCCAAAAACGCAGGGUGGGAUUUUCCUGGGACAGCAGACCCAUUUUAAAGGUGUAGUACCUCCCCAACCUGGUUCAAGUAGAAGCAGCCAGCAGGGAGCAGGCCCCACCCGUCCGGGCAGGAGAAAGUGGGGGGCUGCGAGGAGGCGCCUGGUUACACCUGCCGUAACCCCGUAGCCAGGAAGGCAGACACCUAACUAAUGGGCCCACCCCUCAGACAAAGGCACUGACUUCACCCUGACAGGGGAGGCCCUGCAUCAAAGAUCUGCUUAGUCUAAGUGGUAGAAACCGUGGCACCAGGAACAAAACCCCAGCUUUUAUUGAGAGGUCAGUGGUGGAUAGUCAGAGGGGCCGUCAGAACCAGCCAUCAGUGCUGGGUGGUGAGGCUGGGGCUUGGCGUUCAGAACACUCGGCCGCAUCCUUCCCACGGAAGCCCCAGUGGAGACUGAGGCUGGCCCAGCUGGAGCCCUCAGGGUCUGUCACAUCUCAGUGGGGUGCCGUCAGGUUCUGGUCAUUUCCCUUCUCCUGAAGCUGCCUGUAGGAGGGAAGCGGCAUGUAUUUAGUGAGGGAUGAGGGGUGAGCGAGUGGACCAAAGGAUGUGGGCCCUGGGGCUUGGGGCCCGGUGUUGGGGAGGGGUGCUUUUUCCCCUCAUCUCUCCACCCUCAUCUCCCAGAGGCUGGGAAACUCCAACAAGCUCUUGUUGAAGAUCCCAGCCCUGGGCCAUGAGGGCUCCACGCAGGGAGCACCAGGAGUGUCUGUGGAGGUUCACUAGAUACUUGAGCCCAGCGAAGCGCUCCCCAAACCUCCUCCCAGCUCAGUCAGAAGUGCAACGCCCCUGUAGACCCUGGGAGACAGUAGAAGUCUGCAUUUCACAGCCCCUGUGAUAGCUGGUGUCAGACAUGCACCAUGUGGGGACCGAGGGGAGGCAGUGAGGGAGUGCGUUUUUAGGAAGCUGGGGUUCAUGGGGCUGGCACCCCAGAACUGGCUCAACCAAGUGCAGUGUCCUUUCUGAACCAGAAGCGAAGGUACUCUACCUUUAACAUCCCGAGUGUGGACACACCUUCACCCUGGCCCCUAUUUGGACCUAAACUGUGCCAUUUAAAGUCACUUCCAAGUUCAGACUCUAAACUGAAACGUCACAAAGGGCAAUGACUGCCUGUGGGGCAGGUGGGUGGAGAGUGAAGUCCACCUCAGGCUUUCAGAGCAGGGGCUCUGAAACCUGGAACCCCCUCCCCAAAUCCGGGAGAGGGAGGGGCCUUUGGGGUCCCCCUCCCGAGGGGCAGAGGCAACUCUGAACCUUUGGAACGUCUUGUCUUUGGUAAACUUUCACAUUUCUCUCUUUCCAAAGCGUACACUCUGCCAAACAAUGCCUAUUCCAAACCAUUCACAGUUCCAGUGUGUUCCUGUGUUUCUGUGUAUUUAUGGUUGUCGCUGUGUCUGAUUUGAUUUCACUGUUUGUCCCCCCCCCCACUUUUACCGAGUAGCAAUGUGACCCUUUCCCUCCAUCUUACGGAAUUGUACGUAGUUCACUAACCACUGUCAGUGACUGGGGACAGGCAACGUGCAGGAGCGAGGGGGGCUCGGCAAGCUGUGGCUGCCUGGGCAUCUGGAGUCAUUUCAGGCUACGUACAUCUCCCCUCUGGGGCUCAGCCCCCCAGGGAAAGGUCACCGGGCGGCAGGCAAAUCGCAACAUUCUGGAAGUGGCCCGAGGAAGGCCUCUUGUAAGAUUCCCAGACCAAAUUCUAGACCAAAGACAUGUGCAGACCAAGUCCCCAGGUCCCGCCUGGUUGGAAGGUCAGCCACUGUCCCCAAGCCCAUUCCUCACAGCCUGCCGGGUCCCUGUCUCCAACUGUAACCCUCGUGUCUGCUCCCCUGGCUCUGGUUACUUGCAGAACUUGGCUCUAUGAGUACAAUGUGUAAUGAUGCGCGACUUCUGUAUGUCUCCACAUAAAGAAAACUGUCACUGGCGCUUGUGACUCUGGUCCACCUGUCUCAGAGGAGGGGCAGUCCUCUGCCCACUCUCUGCCUGGAUAGGUCACAAAUUCUGAUGCCCACACAUAGUCCAGCCAGCCAGACCUGGAAGGAAUGUGAGGGAGGUGUUUAGAGAAUGUGUUUCGGAUGCAGAAAUGGGCAGGGCCCCAGGACAAAUCUCACCAGGCAGGUGCUGCAUGAGGGCCCUGCGGUGGAGCUGCACUGUCAGUGAUGGAGAGGCUGCCAGCUCCGCCCCACAACUGAACACCCUCAUAAAAUGGGGAAACUGAGGCCUGGAGCAGGGGAGGGUCUUUGGCAAGGCAAGUGGGAGUGGAACCGGCCCAUCUGCUGUCAGUUCCAGCUGUGUGUCCUCUGACGUGUGUGGCAAGUGGUGAAUGCAGCUCCCCAGUGUUCUCCCCAAAGACCAAGGAGGAGCCUUUAGGAAAAAAGAAACACUCCGUCCCCAGUGUCGGGGGACGAGGUGAGCAGCACCUGCCACCCCCUGACCAUUCGUGGGCCAACUGGUCCCUGAGCUGUGACUCAGGCCUCCGAAAGGAAAGGCAGCCCCUGUUCACCUCCACCUUGGCCCUGCACCCAGACGUCCUUCGUGAGCUGGGCAUUGAGGUUCCCAUUGCACACGAGGCAACUGAGGCCCAAAAAAGGCAGUUGGUGUCCAAAAGGCAGGAUUCAGUCUGAGGCCACACAGGACAGUGGGGAGUGGCCUUCCAUUCCGAUUUCCGGGUGGUACCAGCUCCCUAUCUGCACCCCUGACCCCUUGCUUUCACCCCAGGUCCCCAGCACACCCCCAGAGACACUGGUGAAGCACAAGGGAAAGCCAGCCCCGCCCCCCGGCCCCCCCCCCCCAGCCCAGUGCAGGGCAUUCUUGUAUCACCAGGUCCCACCGCACAACGGCCAGUGGCCCAGCCUACAUCUCAACACUGCUGCCCCUCUGGGUGGGGAAAUGCUCUGGGCGGCCAGUCCUGAAGGCAGGUGCCUCCCUUCCCUCCCACACCCUCAGACACAGGCCAGGAAAGGACUCAGAAAGCCCUUCUAGGCGAGUGGAGGGCCCACCCAGCCCUCAGACCCAAGGUCAGGCAACUCCAAGCUGGGCCAUCCACAGGGUUGCUGCAAUCACCACUGUGCAAAAAUGCUACAAGCACAAAGCCACAAAACAAACCCAGGCAUCGAAACUGGAGAGGAGUGUGGGGUCCUCCCUCUACGAAGGCAGCUGGUUUGACCAGAGGAGGCUGUUGUAUUGUUCCCCGGUGGGCGUCACUAGAGACCCCUUCUGACAAGGUCCCCAGGGGUGGAGCAUCUUGUGACACAUUCAGCUUCAAACUGAGAUGUGAGCGCCAUGGGGUUUUUUAAUCUAAUUUUCAAGUCCUUAUCAACUGUGACUCUGAAUUUAGCACAAGAGAAAGCCUAGAACGUGAGUCUUGCCUCCUUCCAGAAAUAUGUCUGGCUCAUCAGGACAUUUUUUUAAACUUCAAAAUAUUUUUAAGAUAUUUUGAACUUUUGUAAAAAAACAAUAAUCAACUAACGGGAGACUCAUCUGAGGAGGAACAUUUGUAUUUGAAUAAGAUCUCCUUGGUGUGUGAUUCAGUCUUGCAAUAUACAAGGUUUUGUGUUAAAUGUUUUGGAUAUGAAUCCCUGUAUUUUGCAGGGUUUUUCCUUUCCUUUUUUUUUUGCUUUGUAGAUAAAUAUGUAUAUCAAUAUUUUAAAUUCAUCUUUGCUUUUUUUUAGAGGAGUUUGUAAUCACCUUAUAACAUGAAAAUAAACAUUUCCUUUUUAAAUCCAA